AGAGUUUCGAUAGAGCUCUGCAGCAUACUGAGGCACCCUCCAGGAACGGAAAUUUGAGUAAAGAAAGAAUUUGAGGGAUCACGGGCUAGAACUUUGCCUACAUUACCUCGGCCGUGUGGUGUGAAGCACAAAGGAGACGCGAUAUAGAACUAUACAUUUCUUGUCCAAAUCUAUGGAGUUGUAACUCGCCAAUAGCUUACUUCGUACUGUUUUAAGUUUAAAUACGUUUUAUGUGGACUCGAGAUACUGUGUUCUUGGCAAUAUUUGUAUGACGUUUGGAAUAAGGAAUUCAUCGUCAGUUUCCCCAUUUAAUUUUAAGCCGCUAUAGAAGCUGUGUUUGUGGUGUUAUUACUCGGAGGGACAGCUUUGUGUUUGCCAGGCAGAGACCAUGCGAGUGCUGUUACUGCUGUGCUUCUCGGCCCGACUGUUGUUCGACCCCGCACACUGCCGUGUCCCACAGAGGCAGACUGUGUCAUCAUGCUCACCCUGUGACGAGUCUCGCUGUGCCCCUCUCCACAACUACUGCCCCGCAGGUGAAGUGCGGGAUCAUUGCGGCUGCUGUCCGGUGUGCGCUGCUGCUGAGGGCGAAGCGUGUGGGGGCAGCGGCACCGGUCGGUGGCAAUGUGGAGAGGAGCUGCUUUGCGUCCUCGAUUCAUCGUCUUCUGCUGGUGGCAGACGCCGUCACCGGGGCACAUGUGUAUGUAUUUAUACCGAGCCUGUGUGCGGCAGUGAUGGGGUAACUUACGGCAAUAUGUGCAUGCUAAAAGCGGAGAGCCGCAGAACCCAGUUCCAGGAUUCUGCCCCCGUCAUAGUCAUACAGAGAGGACCCUGUGAAUCAGGUUCCCCACAUCCAAAUAGUCUACGAUACAAGUUCAAUUUUAUCGCUGAUGUUGUUGAAAAAAUUGCUCCAGCAGUUGUUCACCUUGAACUUUUUCGAAGGAUAUUGUUCACAGGCCAUGAUAUUCCUGUUUCCAGUGGCUCUGGAUUUGUUGUGUCCGAGGAUGGACUGAUAGUCACAAGUGCACAUGUUCUUACCAACAAGCAGAAAAUUAAAGUGGAACUGAAAAAUGGAGCCAAAUAUAAUGCCCGUGUGGUGGACACUGACCAAAAGCUGGACAUUGCCCUCAUUAAGAUAGAUCCUGAAACGCCACUUCCUGUGCUAAUGCUAGGGCGGUCUGCAGACCUGAGGCCUGGUGAAUUUGUGGUAGCUGUUGGUAGCCCUUUCUCCCUGCAGAAUACUGUAACAACAGGCAUUGUCAGCAAAACCCAGAGAGGGGGCAAAGAACUGGGACUGAAGGACUCCGAUAUGGAAUACAUUCAGACCGAUGCCAUCAUAAAUUAUGGAAAUUCUGGAGGACCACUUGUGAACUUGGAUGGUGAGGUCAUUGGCAUUAAUACCUUGAAGGUAACUGCAGGCAUCUCAUUUGCCAUCCCAUCCGACAGAAUACGUCAGUUUUUGACAGAGUCACAUGAUCGACAAAUGAAAGGGAAGAACUUCCCAAAGAAGAAGUAUAUUGGCGUUCGAAUGCUUCAUCUCUCUCCCAGCCUUGUUCGCGAACUGAAGGAUCGCAUCAGAAAUUUUCCAGAUGUGACUUCAGGAGUCUAUGUUUUUGAAGUGAUUCCAGGGACAGCUGCAGCAAGUGCGGGCAUGAAGGACAAUGACGUGAUUAUUAGCAUCAAUGGCAAACGUAUCACCUCUACUGAAGAUGUCAGUGAAGCAGUGAAGAAUGACACCACAUUGUCAGUUGUCGUGCGAAGAGGAAAUGAAGAUGUGGUUCUUACCGUCAUUCCAGAAGAACUUGACUAAGACAAAGAAGCAUUACACUUUCUAACUGGCUGGGUUAAAAUAUUCUCUGUGGGUUAUAUUUCAUAUAAGCUGUUACAGCCGCACUUGUUUGUUUUGUCUUCCAUUACUGACACCAGAGACCCAAGAUGUCACUUUUAAAUGUGUACACACAAAAUUUGCAAAAGGUUAAAAAAAUGUUCUAUAAUUAGAAUACUUUUAUGUUUACAACACCAAGUUCUUCUUUAGAUGAAACUUGCCCUGAUUCCCACCAUGAACGUUAGCAUUAUUUUUCAAACAUAAAGGUAUGAGUGAUGCACACUGUUUAGUAAGCAAGAGGAUGUCCAGAAUAAAUGGAAACAUUUUACAUCUUA